UUUGGAGAAGGAAACAAGAGGACCGGAUUGAGGCGCGAUGAGUUUUCUCUGUGUAGAGGACGUAUCCUUCUUUUUGGUUAAAGCGUUUCCCCUGAGGCGGGUUGCUUAUUUGCUGGUUGUCGUCGCCUACCCAUAUGUUCCAUCCACCUAUGACUUCAGGGCGUAUUUUCGCUCUGCUUAUAUAUCUAAUCGAAAAGCACCGAUAUUCUCUAGUUGUCCAUGCAGGACUACAGCAGUUUGGGAAUAACGUCGAUCCCGGAUAGAAGGAGGCUAUUCCAACUCGUGCAGAAGUUACGUCAAGAACUUCCCACUUUGGAAAACGGUCUAGUCUCAUCCCCAGUCACCAGCAGUCUUCCUUUGACGUCUUCCGCUGCAUCGUCUCCAUCGGCCACUCCCGUUAUCAACACCCCUACGCCGACAACUGCAACAACACCCACCUUGACAGCAGCAUCCACGACAACAACAGCAACGAAUAAUAGUCCUAACAGUGCUAGUAGUUCUCCUGCUAGUGUUCCGAUUCAAACGACUGGUCUCAAGACACCGCAAUCGUAUCGUCGUCGACCUCCAGACUCGUCGUCGCUGCUUAUGAGCAAGGGUGUUUCGUCAAUAUCAGGAGGUUCUAGCAUCCCGGAUCCAUCUAGCAUUUCUCGGCGCAACACCCCCCAGUCGACUGCUUCUUCCAACCUCGCAGCACCCCAAACACGCUCACGAUCGCGCACUUUGCCCGAUCAGAAUCAAAGACCAGAUUUGAAGAUCAAGUCACCGGGACCACCACAAUCAUCACAGGCCAAUUCGGACCGAUUCGUUCUUGGCGGCGGCGGUAACAAUAGUAAUAACAACAUUGACGACUAUGAAUCUUCGGAUGAGGAGGAAAAGUGCGAGAUAAGGCGCGGGUCAGGUCCUCUCUUAGAUCCGUAUGGUGUCCCUAUCCACAGCAAAGCCCGAUCAGGAGGAGGAGGUGCCAGUGCUGGUGGUGGUGGUGGCUAUGGUCAGAGAGGGAGCGCUUUUGGCAUGACUGCUGCUUCAUACGGCUCGUCACCAGCUUCUUCGCCCGGAGUAGGAUCAAGCAACAGCAAUUUUGCAUCCACUGCUAUCCAGAGUGAUCUCAACCAAAAGAUUCGUGUUUGCGUGAGAAAGCGACCGCUUAACAAGAAGGAAUUAGAUCGAGGUGAAAAGGAUAUAUCGCCUACUGCUGGUAUUCGUAGUAUCAAUGUGAACGAGCCCAAAACAAAGGUUGACCUCACAAAAUAUAUCGAGCAGCACAGCUUUACAUACGACGAUGUUUUCGAUUCUGAUGCCGCUAAUGAUCAAGUAUACCAACGUACUGCUCAACCUUUGGUCAGAUAUAUUUUUGGUGGUGGAAAGGCCACUUGCUUUGCUUAUGGCCAAACCGGCUCAGGAAAAACAUUCACUAUGCUUGAUCCCCGACACGGCCUUUAUGUCCUUGCGGCAAGAGACAUUUUCCAUUUGCUCCGACAGCCUGAAUAUCAGCAUCUAACUGCAUGGAUUGGCUUUUACGAAAUCUAUCAAGGCCAAUUGUAUGAUCUGUUGAACAAUCGUAAAAAGCUAUUUGCCCGUGAGGAUGGCAAGCAGAAUGUGGUUAUUGUCGGGUUAAAAGAGUAUAUCAUCAAAAACGUCGAUGACCUGAUGCAAGUGUUUGAAUACGGAAGUCAAGCUCGGAGCACGGGAAGCACGGGUGCGAAUUCGGAUUCUUCCCGCUCGCACGCUAUUCUGCAAAUUCUGUUAAAGCCAGCCAAGAGUCGUAAAAAAAUUAUUGGUAAAUUGAGCUUCAUUGAUCUGGCGGGCAGUGAACGUGGUGCUGAUCGUGGCGAUGCUGACGCGAAAACGAGGAUGGAAGGUGCCGAAAUCAACAAGAGCUUACUAGCGUUGAAGGAAUGCAUCCGUGCUUUGGAUCAGGAUAAAAGACAUACCCCUUUCCGACAAAGCAAACUUACACAGGUCCUGAAAGAUUCGUUCGUCGGUAACUCGCGUACAUGCAUGAUUGCUACUAUAUCACCCAAUCAGAGCAACAGCGAACAUACUCUCAACACGCUACGUUAUGCAGACAGGGUAAAAGAACUGAAGGGUGAGCGCGAUCGACGUGUUGUUGCCAACGAUAACCACGGCGACACGAGCCUCAACACGAGAAAUAUGAGCGAUGAAUUGGAAUACACCAAUGACGAUUCAUACCAGGAUGAUUAUCCCGAGAACGACUACAACGAGUCGGAUGAUCCUGAGCUUUACAACGAUGGAGAUGACGAUGAUUUGUUUCUUGACGAAGAAUAUUUUCCCAGCGACGGUGAUGUCAAUAUCCUCGAUGAAGACUUUCCGCAUGAAAACAAUAAUCGCUAUUUUCAUGAGCCCGUAUCACAUCGCCGACAAGGUUAUGGAACUGCUCAAAUGAGAACAAAGCCGCUUGCUGAUACCCAGCAACAGCAACAAUUGCAGCAGCAGCAGCAGCAGCAAAAGCACUCACGCGCUCGAUCCAAUAACAACCAACAACAAUUUAGUAUACCCCGUGCUAGCCACCGAGGCAGUGGUGCUGAUGAAGGUCUUGUGCUUGAUUCCUCGCCAGAGACGAUGUAUGAUUCGUCAGAAUUUAUGCGAGGUCGCCAUGGCAGCGGCCCUGUGAGACAACAUUCUCAGCAUGGCAGCAAUUCCAUGCAUCGUAGCCACUCGACUGCCUCGACUAAUGAUUUCUCUAUGCAGCCAAUGAAGCCAUCACCACCCCAACAGCACCAACAGCAACCUGCUGCACAGCAACAGCACGACCCGGUCAUGGACGACGAUGAUUUCAUUUUUGAACAGCAUACCAUUGAAGACUUUAUCAAAUACCACCGCGGCGAGAUCCGUGAGGUCGCCGAAUGCUCCAAGAAAGAGACAAAGCUACUUGCCAAUUUUUCCCUAAGCAUAACCAGUCUCAAAGAGAUGCAGGAAGGACAUGGACAGCGACGGUCGGAUGACGAUCUAAAGAUGUCUAGCGAGUUUAUCGAUUAUCUCGACAGACUCGACGAAGUCCUCGAGAUGAAGAUGGGUGCCAUCGAAGCACUUAGAGAUCGAAUUCGAAAUGUGCUGGGUGAAGAAGACAUCUAAAGACAUAUUGAUCCAUUUGUCUUAACCCUUGAUUAUCUGAAAACUGCGCGUUUUUUAAAAAAAUGAUCUGAUGUUUUGUUUGAACCAUAUACCCCCACUCCACUUCCUUUUUUCUUUACACAGACACACGCAGACAGACAUGCCUCUAUCUUGUAUAUCCACCCUCCACCCCCAGCCACCGACUACAGUCCCCUAUCCUCUAUCUCUCUUUCACUAAGGCCCCCUAAAA